AUGGCAGCCUUCUUGGACGACAACGACGAGAAGAUGAACAUGGCACUGGGGUAUGGCAGCCGCAAUGCAGCAUUUGGCUACAGUGUCUCCAUCAAAGCCGAGCCGACGACGCGACCGCCUCCAGAAUUUUUUGGGCAAUAGCCUGAAGCUCCUUCCGGUACGGGCUGUUCCCCUCCUGUGGGCGUCACACCUGCUGAGCCCAAGUGGCAGGCGCCCAGUUUUAGCUCUGGCUUAAGUGUAGGCUCUGGGGCGGCCUCCACCUCACCAGCGCUGCAGCAACCUCCUCCACGCAACCCGAGUCGUCUCAAGCUUCGCACCACAAACCUAAACCUCCGCCCAUCGCCUGCUGGCCGCUCGCAGACUACUCCUUCUCCCGAUCCAGACGAGUCGACCAAGCUGGCGACCAAAUACAGCUACCGUUACGGCGGCGGCCCCGAAGAAAUCUCCCCACCGAGCUCUCCAGAGCCCGAAAGCGGGGCCGCCCGUCGCUACUUGGCUGGCGAUGUCUCCCCGAUAGAUGAGGACGAUGGGCAAGAUGCGCCCCAGUAUGUGGCGACGACUGCCACCACAGCGCCUGCCACUGACAACUACAGCGAAAAUGCGAAUGAUGAUAGAUUCAACCAGCCAGCGCUCUCAGAACCCCGCUAUUACACUCCGACUCCGCCACCGAACCGCGUGCCGACAAGCAUUCCUGUGCUACGACGAGAACGCCGAAGAGAGGCAGAGACCCCAAAGCGUUAUGGCUGCGAUCCAGCCGGCCCCGGUCACCUGCAGCGAAACCCGGCCCCGCAGCAACCCCCGGCCCCAGCCGGAGACGCCCCCCGUUGGGACCCACUCACCGGCGAGCUCACCUCGAGCGCCCGUGGCCGUUCGUCGCAGGCGACUGCGGCCGAAUCUGAAUAUUUCCAUGGUCUCGGCAUCACCACACAGUCCUUGUCUCAGCAAGACGGUGCGAAGACCACGCAAUCGUUUGGCGACCGCGUGCGAAAAUUCGCCAAAAAGGCCGCUCAUGUGAAGGAGGGCAGCGCAGACCCUGCCGCCGCCGCCUUAACGUCAUCCCGUCCGGCCUGGCGUGGCCCAAGCGGCCGCACCGCGAUCGUUGACCCGGUGUACGACAAUCCUGAUGUUGAUGUUGGGCCCCUCAAGAUUCCCGAGAAGAGCAGCAAGAGGACUAUGGGACUUUUGAGAGGUCAAACCCCACCCAUCAGCCCUCAUGGAUCUGAAACGGCGACAAGGGCUACCCCGCGGGAUGCCCUCCGGCGAAUCCUGCCCUCCUCCCAUAAGGACAAGGGAUCCUCUGCCACUACCGCCACUCAACCUCCGAGCGCUCGCUACCCAAGCCCACCUUUAUUCAACAAUCCUGUGACCAACGACGCACCUGCAGUGGCCGCCAAAGAACUCGUACGCGAUGGUGGCCUUCCCAGUGCCCAUGCAGUCCCAAGUCCAGCGUAUUGGAAGCCUGGACCGUCCGAGACGCUAAGCAAACAUCGCAGAAAACCACCUCCAGUUAAGACAACCUCCAACCAGCAUCAUCACCAAGUGUCGGUCUCGUCAGUCUAUUCUCAGGACGACAUUAUCCAGCCCCAACAAGCAGUCAUCACGGAGAUUCCGAGCCAAGAACCGUGGGUGCAACCACUUUCUCGUUUUAGCAUCAGCACUUACGCGACAAGUUACGACGCGGUCAGCACCGCCGGCACAACAUUCAACGGCGCAGAAGGCUUCAGCAACAGAGAUCAAUCUCCUGUCCCAUCACUUCCUGCCGGAAUUGCCCAACCUCAACAAAUGGCUCGGAACGACCGGCCGUCCACGGACAACCAUAGUCCUACCACUACUCCAAUUCAUGAUCAAUUCACAUCCCCCGUUUUGGCCGAGCGUGUCACUUCAACCUCUCCUCCUCUCCAGCCUAUGACUAAAACCACAAAGGUCACCAACCCUGCUCUUGUCCGUGCCCAAGCUGUUGAGCGUCCAUCAUCUCGCGCCUCGGGGGACGUCAACAAAUCCCUGCCGCCCGCUCCUCCUGAACAGACUGCCGAAGACCGCAUUGCCCUCCUUCACGCCCAGCUCAGCGCCCUGGCCAAUCGUCGCAUCAACAUCGAACGCUCUAUCAAGCAAAUGACCGAGCUGAUGCCUGUCGACACGCUGCUUAGCUCAGCUGAGACAAUUCGGCGACGUGAAGAGGAGAAGAAAAAGGUUGAGGCACUAAAGGAUGAACUGGACGAGGUCAAGAGAGAGGAGCACGAGCUGGGAAUGAAGCUGCAUCGGGCCGUCAGAAGACUGGAGCGGGAGGGUCUGGAGACCCCCACGCUUUGGAUUCGGCGAGUUACGAGCUAG